CAGCUACAGCUACCUGACCCACAUGUGGCUGUAGGAAGGUUUUAAACCCGGAGCCGCUGACCGCUCUGUCCCGCGCGCUGAGGUGGACGCUGGUCCGGUGUAGCGGGUUGUAUGCUGCUGUAACGGAGCCGGGCCGCUGCUGGAGCUGCACGGUGACCGGCGGGUCCUGAGGCGGAGGAGAGCUACCGAGAGCAAACUGAGCCUGGGAGCAGCUAACACACUGAGCCAAAGAUGCCCACAGGAUCCAAAAAUGGUGUGCAGGGCGUAGACAAUGGGUCAGAAGAUGAGGAAAACCAGCGCUGUCCUAUUUGUCUGAACACCCCCAGCCCUUCAGAGCGAGCUGUGCCUGAUGGCUGCAGCCACUUCUACUGUUUUAACUGCAUCCUGCGCUGGGCUCAGAUGGUGCAAGUCUGCCCAGUGGACCGGAGGCCAUUUAGCGCAAUCUGCAAGCAGAACCCUUUGCUGGGUUACAUCAAGAUCCCUGUGAACACACCAAGCAAAGUAAACACUGAUGUAUGCAACAACAAAGAAACAGUGAAGGCGUUCUUAAAGGAGGAGACAACAGAAACAGAUGUAAAUUACCGGAAAAGACCCCUUCCUGAACUGAAAUGUCAAAGACGUGAAACUGAUUGUUUGGCCCAGAAGAAGAAAAAGGUGAGAAGAGAAACAUGCCGCUCACAGCUGCUUUCUUCACAAACUCAGCCUGGGCUGUCAGUCCAGCAGGGGGAGACACUCGGCAUGCUGACCCACGUUGUCACAGAGUCUGUAGAUCCUGAGGAGGAACCAGUAGAUGAGGAAUGGAGACAGUGUCGGAGAAAUGUGGCGGAAAACCAGUGGUUGCCUUCAUCUACACACAUGACAACAAGCAUUCUUUCCAGACGCUGUCCUCGUGCUCCUGUUCUUCCUCAGACACCCCAGUUUACACAGUCACUCUCACCAUGUCCACUGAGAUCUGGAUUUUCUGUUCUUUAUGGAAAGGCUUGUGCGGUAACGUGCCCCAAAGGUGAGGGUAGAAAGAGCACCCGAGGGUCUGCAUCCAAAAACUCUGUGAGUCAAGAACAGAACGUUACAUCUCGCCGCUCUUCCAGGCGUAGAAAAAGUGGGAAUGAGGAACCAGUAUCCACUAAGCCUCAGCAUUUGGACUCUGACUCUUCCUCGCCUGCUGGCAGUGCAUCAAGUGACAUGCGUGCUUCUACAAGCAAAGGAAGGCAGGCUGGGAAGCAGAAACCUGGUAACAGAAGGAAAGGGGGUGCAAAAAAGAAGACUGCCCGAAAGACAUUGGUGGAAAGUGAAGAUGAGGGCAAUGAGGAAGAACCAGAAGCUGGACAGGGGAGUCAGGAAGAAAUGGGAAUUGAUAUGGAGGAGUCAACACAGGAAUUGAGGACAGAUGGGGAGGCAAAAGAAGAGAGGGAAACAGAUGAAGAGGCUAAAGAAAAUCACGACACAGAUGAUGACACAGAUGAUGAGACAAAUGCAGAUCAGGGGACACAUGAUGCAAAAGCUGAUGAGGGGACAGAUGAAGAGGCAAGGGAAGAUCAGGGGACAGAUGAGGAGGCAAAGGAAGAUCAGGGGACAGAUGAGGAGGCAAAGGAAGAUCAGGGGACAGAUGAUGAGGUAAACGCUGAUCAUGGGACAGAUGAUGAGGCCAACGAAGAUCAGAGAACAGAUGAAGACGCAAAAUCUGAUCAUGGGACAGAUGUGGAGGCACAUGCAGAUCUGGAGUCUGAGGAGGGGGAAAAAGUAGAUACAGAGUCUGAUGAGGAGGCACAUGCAGAUCCAGAUGAGGAGGCACAUGCAGAUCCGGAGUCUGAUGAGGAGGAAAAAGCAGAUCAGAGUCCAUAUCAAAAAGAUGUAGGUGUUGAUAUGGAUGCAAGUUUAAGUUCUGUAGAUUCUGAUGGAAGUGCACCUAAAAUGGACACUGAAGAGUGUGAACAAGCUUCCCCUCUCAGUGAAAAACAGCAAGAUGAAGAAAUGGAGGAAGAUGACACACUCAAGACAGAGGACAAUCAGGCUUGUUUUCAAGAGAGGUUGGAUUCUUCUGAUGAUGAUGAAUCUGAGGAAGAGCCAGCAGCGCCUGAGGGAGAACAGUCUAUUGAAAAGAAAAAGCAACUGUCUCCUCCCUGUGCAGAGCAGGUAAAAGUAGAGGGUACUACUGACACCUCUGCCAUUUCAACUGUCCAACCUCAGGAUACUGCAGCAGAGAUAUCUUUAGACAAGACAACUGAUGAUGACAGAAUAACAGAAUCUGAAACUCCAGUUGAGGCUGAUGAGUGUAAAAGUGAAACAAGUGAAGUCUCCAAGCCACCUGUGUCUAACAGCAGCUCACCUCAACAUACAAGUGAAAACUCUUUGCCAAAAGACUCUGAUGACCUUGCUGUGAAUCUGGGGACAAAGCCAGAUGAAUCCCUGGGUGCCAGUGGUCAUCAGGAUAACACUGAAUCCAUUCCUAUGGAUUGUGACUCACCUGGCUCAGAUGAUGCUUCUCUUCCUUUUGAGACAGUCUCUGAGAAUAAUAGUGCUGUUCCUGCACCAGAGAUCUCUUCUGUUAAUCAGAUCCCCAGUCAGGAGGGAGAGCAGAAGAGCAAGGAGCAGGAGCCUAGCUCUGACUCUUCAAAAGACCAGAGAUCCUCGGACAGGAGAGAAAGAAGCCACCGAAAGUCUCGUUUCCACUCACCCACAACCACCUGGUCCCCUAAGAGGGAAUCAAGAGGGGAGGGAUCAAGAAGAUCCCGGUCAAGGGAUCGAGAUCGUGACCGGGAUCGAGAUCGUGAUCGCAGUCGUAAUGCUGGGUCACCGUCCAGGGGUCGAGGCCGUGAUCAUGAAGAGGAGCGCGGCAGCUCCAGGCGGAACCGCAGUAGAGACAGACGAAGCAGGAGGCGUUCUCGCAGUCGUUCUAGAAGCCGCUCGAGGUCACGCUCGAGAUCAAGGAACAGGCAGAACCGAAGAAGUCCUUCUCCAGAACGUAAUGAUCAAGGAGGGCAGUCGCCACGAAAGAGAGACUCUUGGGGAGGCGAAAGCUGGCGAGGUGCACGCAACGCCCGCAACUCUAGCUGGAGGAACAAUCCAGAGAGACAGAAUCACUUUUCAUCAAGAGAGGGUUUCAACUCUUCAGGCAAUGGCAGCUUUCAUGAAACAUCACCAGACAGAGGUCAGUCAGAUGUUCCAUCCUGGGUGAAGGAAAGGUCGUGGGGAGCUGGUGAUGGCAGGCAGCGUGAACAGGAGAAUUUGGAUGACGCUCCUGCAGACUCUUGGCCUCGUGGUGGCUGGGGUUCUGAACGCGGCCGUGGUGGAGGUGGUCGUGGUCGGGGUGGGCAGCAGCGGCCCUUUGGUAUGCAAGGGGAGCCUGGAGCAGAUAACUGGCGGCAGCAGCGUAACUCUUUCUCAGGGACGACAAAUAACGCAGGGAGUGACUCCUAUAGUCGCUUCAAUGAGAACAGACCUGGAGGAAAGAGGAAAGAGUCAGACUCCUCCGAUACACCCUUGGAUCGGUCUGGAUGGUCUUCUGCUUCCAGCUGGGCAGUACGGCGAACCCUCCCUGCUGAUGUACAGAGCUACUACUCGCGAAGAGAACGAGGUCCUGGGACAGGUGGGAGCAUCUGGAACAAACAAGAAGACGAACAGCCUGCAGCCGGUUUCUCCAAACAAACAGACCUUCCACAGAGUGAGCCAAGUACCCAUCUACCUAAUGAAGCAGUACCAGCCCCACCUGCUGUUGUACCCCAGCCGCUCAAUGUCCUAGGGGUUCUGCGCUACCCUCUAGGGCCUAUGGUACCCAGAGCCCCUUCUGUCGGCCCCCAGCCUGCUUUGUUUACCAUGCCACCACAGAUACCGGUACACAUGCAUCCUCCAGGCCCUCCUCUCCCUUUGCCCACCAUGGCUGUACAGGGUCUGCCACCACCCCCUCCACCACCUCCACCUGUACAGCAAGGCAGCAUCACAGUCCUUCCAGCUGACAACCUCCCUCAGGUCAUUACAAGCUUCCCUAUGCCAGCAAAGCCCCCUCUGAAAGUGAUACCAAACAAGGCAGUGCCACUGCAAGUUCAUCCUACCAGCACUCCCAGUGUAGCCCAGCCGUCAUCCACUACACAGCCCCCUUCUCACAGCAAAGCCCAUGCAGACAGCUCCAAGAAAGAGAAGAAGUUACAGAUUCAGGAACGAGCAGUCAGUGAGGUGAAGGCAGCCAUCAAGCCAUACUAUCAGAAGAAGGACAUCACCAAGGAUGAGUACAAGGAGAUUGUACGCAAAGCUGUGGAAAAAGUCUGCCACAGCAAGAGUGGAGAAGUUAACGCUGAUAAGGUGGCCAACCUCGUCAAAGCAUACGUUGACAAAUACAAGCACGCUCGCAAGAACAAAACGGACAAAAUCUGAGGGAAACUGAGUUCUGCCGCCCGCACAAGUGCAAUUUCUCCAAAUGUGGCCUGGGUCCCACAGGCUGAGGUGACUGGAGCUUCUUUUCAUAUUUGCAGAAAAUAAUAAAGAUUUUCUAUAGAUUGCAUAUUUUGUUUAAUUUGGAUUUCUUAUAGUGCAUCGGCCCUUUAAUUGCUUUUUUCUUUGGGGGGAAUUCUGGGGGAGGGACUGCUGUAAACAUGAGCAGAUGUGUACUUGAGGGGUAGAACGGGGAUCACUCUUUCUCUUAAGAUCUCUAGCCGUGUUUGAUUACAUUGCAAUCUGUGGAGUAGCUGUAAGUGGUUAAUCAAAUCAACAGAGUGGUAUGCAUUCUCUCUUUUCUUCUUCCUCUCUCUCUCUCUCUCUCUCUCUCUCUCUCUCUGUUUUUGUCCCAUGGACCUUAAUGAACUAACGACUUCAUUUUCCUUUUUUAUGCAUCAGAAUGUUGUCCUGAAUAAAUGUGCAUUGACUGUUUUUCCUGUCCGUGUGGCUGGAUGAGCUGGAUCUGUGCGUAUGUGAAUAAUGAACUUUAGUUGUAGGGAGGAUGUGGACAGCUUGUCAGUGAAACUGAGAUUCUGAUAUUGACCUAUGGAGUAACUGCUGUACUGCACAACCAAUGUAUUUAUUUACCUCCCAGAGCAAUGUAAUAAACAAGCUGUCUUUUACCCUUCUUCAUUUCGACCAGCUUUCCCCCCCUCCAGUUGUUUUUAGGUGCACAGGACAAAGUAAUGUUUUUAGUAUGUUUCAGUUUGUUUAGAGCUUCUGUUCAGGUAUAAUGAGGAUGACCGUCUGCUAUGUCUGCCAGAAAUGUAUAAACUGUACAAUCAUGAAUACGUGUUGGUGUUUAUUAUGUACUGUUUAGCACUGUCCCAAGAAAAUGUAGGGAUUGAACUUUUCCUUGCAAGAAUAAAAUACAUAUUUUGAACAUGA